AUGUUAGGUCCAAGCCUUUUGAGUCUUUGGCACAAAGGCAGAACGAUGUCUAAGGUGGUUGACGGCCUGUACGUUGGCGACCUGUACACAGCACAUCGUCUCUUCGAUGACGUGCGACUGCCGCCUGAUCGCCGCCCUGCCAACAGGUUCGAACCCGGCAGUACCCCCGAUAACCUCCUGGGCGUGAUAUCAGCAUGUUUCGAUGUGCCGGAAUGGUGCAAUGAGUCCGCCAAUUGCUUCCAUCAGUGCGACGACCACGAAAGCGCCGCUUAUUCGCAUUUGAUUAAGUCGCCCCGUUUCGACAAGGACUAUAUCAAUUUACACGUAGAUCGCAUCCCGCACUACCGAGCCAAUCAAGAUUCGGAUCCCGAUUCGGAUGAAGACCAGAGUACUUACGUGCUGCAUAUGGUCGUGAGGGCUGAAGACACUUCCAACGAAAGGCUAUUUCGGGCGUUUCAGUUCGCGUACGAUUUUGUGGAGGCUGUGAGCACCAUUAGUAACGGUUCUACCUUCGUUCAUUGCAUGAUGGGAAUGUCGCGGAGUUGCUCUUUGGUAUGUGCCUACCUGAUGAAGAAGCAGGAAGCAACGUUCACCAGCGUUAUCAAACAACUCAAGAGCGUGCACCCUAUCGCAUCUCCCAGUGCGGGGUUUUCCUGCCAGCUGCUUCUGUACUACAAGCACGGUUUUGAGGUACCCAACCACGACGUAUUCUGGGGCGAAUAUCGUAACCUGCUCCGCCGCAUCGACUUAGAUCGCCUGGAGGAGUACGAAGCGAACUGCCGAAACCCCAACUCGGAUGAGGACAACGGAGCGGUGUAUAGUUGCGUGAAGUGCCGACAAACCUUGUUCUACGGGUACAACGUCAUCCAACACGAGAGCGUCGGGGACUCCCACGGCCCCGACGACGAGCCGUGCAGCAGCGUGUUUGUGGAACCCAUGGACUGGAUGACCGACGUGGACUCUCAAACUGGGAAGAUAAUCUGCAAGAACACGCGAUGCUCAUCCAAGUUGGGGUACUAUUGCUGGUAUGGUCGUAGGUGUUCAUGCGGCCAUCUACAGGUGCCAGCAUUUCAGAUCCAGCUAUCCAAGGUAGACAAACUCGUUGCGGAGUCCCGUUUGGGCGGCGCAACACCGAUUCGGAACGAAGAUCUGCUGUGA